AUGGAUGACGAAUAUAUGAGCCUCGAGGAGGAGGAAGAUAAUUGUUACCCCUCUGAAUUUGAUGAUCAUGAUCAGAUGUGUUCCAACGCGGAAGAGUCCGAUUUGCAACACUCGAGAGAACCAACGAGCCAGGUUAUGGAAUUUUUAUCGGUUACGGAGAACCAAGCAAGGACUCUUCUUAUUCAGUAUCAAUGGAACGUUGAUAAGUUGUUUUCUGUGUAUACUGAUCAAGGCAAAGAUGUUUUGUUCUCUCGUGCUGAGGAAGAAGAAGGAGAAGACAAGGAAGAGGAAGAAGGAGGAGAAGACGAGGAAGAGGAAGAAGGAGGAGAAGACGAGGAAGCGGAAGAAGGAGGAGAAGACGAGGAAGCGGAAGAAGGAGUUGAAGACGAGGAAGAGGAAGAAGACGAAAAAGACGAUGAAGUGCAACUAGUUAGCACGGAGUUAGCUGAGAAGUUUGAUCGUUUCCUUAUUGAAUCUUAUGUGGAAGAUAACAAUAUGGUGAAGUGGUGUCCAAGCACACCGCAUUGCGGGAAUGCGAUACGAAAUAUCAAAGAUGAUGGCGAUGUUGAUGAGGUGGAAUGUUCAUGUGGACUUCAGUUCUGUUUCAGUUGUUUAAGUGAGUCUCACUCUCCUUGCUCUUGUUUGAUGUGGAAGCUAUGGAAAAAGAAAUGUGAAGACGAGUCUGAGACGGUUAAUUGGAUGACCGUUAACACGAAGCUGUGUCCCAAAUGUAGCAAACCUAUUCAAAAGAGAGAUGGUUGCAAUCACAUGACUUGUAAGUGUGGGCAGCAUUUUUGCUGGCUGUGUGGUCAAGCUACUGGAAGAGAUCAUUCUUAUUCGAGUAUUGCCGGUCAUAGUUGUGGUCGGUACAAAGAAGAAAAAGUGAGGCAAUUGGAGAGAGCCCAAAGGGAUUUAGACAGGUAUACACAUUACCAUUACCGCUACAAAGCACAUAUCGAUUCAUUAAAGCUAGAGGACAAACUUAAGAAGAGUAUCCUGAAGAAGGCAGUGUUAAAUUCUGAAACCAAGGAUCAAAAGGUGUUUAAAGAAUACAGUUGGAUUAUAGAUGCAGUCAACCGGUUAUUCAGAUCAAGAAGAAUUCUUUCGUAUUCUUAUCCUUUCGUGUUCUACAUGUUUGGCAAAGAGUUGUUCAAAGAUGAUAUGAGCGAUGAAGAGAGAAAUAUAAAGAAGAAUCUGUUUGAAGAUCAGCAGCAACAACUUGAAGGUAAUGUUGAGAGACUUUCCAAGAUAUUAGAAGAGCCUUUUGAUGAGUAUGAUCAUGAAAAAGUUGUGGAGAUGAUGAGACACCUCACCAAUUUGACUGCUGUGGUUGAUAACCUCUGCAAGGAAAUGUAUGAGUGCAUUGAGAAUGAGUUAUUAGGUCCACUCAUAUCUGGAAUCCACAACAUUGCACCUUACAGAUCAAAGGGAAUAGAACAAGCUGCUGAGUUUUCUGCUUCUUCCGCUUGUGGUUCAAGCUGA